AUGUUCUCCCGAUCGGCACUGGCAAGGGCCUUUGCCCUUCCUCUCGAGCAAGCAGCCCGCCCGUCCCUCACAACCAGCACUACCUUCCGGGCCUGUCUGCACCAAGCAACGACAACAUCAUCAUCAUCAUCCAACACGCACCCCGACGAACCAUUGAGCGCAACCCCUCGAGCUCAAUCCUCAACCCCGACCCAACAACCAACCCAAACAAUUACUACAACACGAACCCCUUUAACCCGCGCCGACGUGCCUCUUUCCAAACAAUCCAUCGCCCCAACUUUCAACGACCCCCUAACCGUGACAAAAUCCCUCCUCGAGACACUGCCGCAACUCGCCAACCAGAAACCACACUACAUAAGCGCGCACCUACAUGACCGGCCCUACCUCGUAACGGAAGGAGACCACCUGCGCCUCCCCUUCCUUAUGCCGAACGUGCAACCCGGCGACGUUCUGCGCUUUAACCGCGCAUCUAUCCUCGGUUCCCGCGAUUUCACGCUCAAGGGGACGCCUUACGUCGAUGAGCGACUGUUCGAGUGUCGGGUGCGGGUUAUGGGCGUUGACUCGGAGCCGCUGCGGGUGAAGGAAAAGACGAAGAGGCGACGGAGGCACGUGCAGAAGGUCACGAGUAAGCACCGAUAUACGCUGCUGAGGGUGAUGGAGGUGAAGGUUAAGUCUGUGGAGGAGCUGCAGAAGGAGGGGGAGAUUGUUGUUGAAGACAAGGAGUAA